AUGGACCGCGUCUUUGAAGGUCUCAUAGGGAACAAUGUCAACGUGUACAUUGACGAUAUUGUCGUGUACGCUGAUGAUUUGGAUACGUUGUUUGAGCGUCUGGACGAGGUGCUCGGGAGGUGCUGCGAGGAAGGUUUGUUUCUUAAGCUGAAGAAGGGUGAAUACGUGAAGCGGGAAGCGAAGCUGUUAGGGUUCAUUGUAAGCGAAGAAGGCAUCAAGCCGGACCCGAAGAAGGUGGCGGACCUGAUGAGAGUGGAAGGUAACGUAAGAGAACUGAGGUCGUUCUUGGGUUCUGUGACUUACCUCAAGAGGCAUAUUCCACAGUUCGCGAGUAGAGUUGCUAACAUGACUGACUUGCUCAAAAAGAAGACUGAGUUUGUUUGGAGUGAGGCACGAGAGGAGGAGUUCCAGAGUGUCAAGAAAUCGGUGGCCGAGUGUGUGUUGCUAGCCGCGCCGGCAGACAUUGGAGAGUUCGUGCUAACGACGGACGCCAGUGAUCGGGCGAUAGGCGCCAUGCUAGAGCAGAAGCAGGCCCGAGGGUGUGUUCCGAUCGAGUUUGGUAGCAAGAAGUUGGACGAGUGUCAACAGCGGUGGGAUACACGAGAAAGGGAGUUGUAUGCGGACUGA